AGUGAGGUUAGUUUUCCUGCUCAGUGAUUUGGGGGAUCUCUUGAGUGUUAAAAAAAAAGUUGAAAAAGUGCUAAUCAAGAGAAGAUUUUCAGGUGAAAUCCAUUGCAUAAGUGUCCCCUGCAAUGAUUCCCUUCGAGUGCACUCAGUGAACACCAUGUAAGUGUGUUGGAAGUGCAGUGAAAUGGUGUUGUUUUGCUGGUCACACAAAAAAAGGGGACACUGUGUCACUUUCUCAUCUUGCAGCCACAAAGUCAGCAACAUCUUGGGGUCCAACUCGACUCGAGUGCCCAUAUGAGAUCUUCCGUGAGCUAUAUGCUGUCGCAGGGGUCUGGUGAGCCGAUAAUGUCGCAUCCGGACUACGAGCAGAACGCCCAUCAUCAUGGGGCGCUUCUAGUUCUUGUGCGUGGCAUUGGGCCAGCCAAACCGCGCUCCCUCCAGAAAGUCUUUGAGCGCAUCCAGCGAGUAAACACGGUGAGGAUUGCGGAUUCAGCUGGCAAUCCUCGGGAUAUCUGGGUGCGCUACAUACGGGAUCAUCCUGUGGAGAACAAUGAUUGGGGUGAUUUUCAGACACACCGAAGACUUCUGGGACUGAUAACUGUGGGCAAAUUUGACACUCAGACAGAACUCAAUGAGCUCUGUCGUAUCCAUGAAUCCCUCAAAGUCAAGUACACAUCCACUCUGUACGAUUCACGGUGUCUCCUCUUUGGGCCCAAUUCUGUGGACCAGACAAUCCUCUCGGAGGAUGACACCAGGUCCACAGAAAGUGAUUCGGGCAGCAACAAAGAGAACACUGAAGAGAAUAUUUCAGCGACAAAUGGAAAGAUUUCAUCAGGAAGUCCCAUGACAAGCAAGAAACUCCAGGAAAUCUUCAAUCCACCUCCAAAUUUCAAGAGCAGGGCCUUUUUCUACCCAGAAAAUGAUCUCUGUGCCAAUCUCGAAGCGGCCAUGAGUGAAUUCAUUGGGGCCCUCUUUUGGGUUCUGGAGUCAAAGAGACUGGAGAGAUCUCGGGAAAAAAUUGACAAGGUGGCAUUGCUGCUGGCGCCCUUCGAGAAGAGAGACUUUGUGGGCCUUGACCUGGAAUCCCGGAAUAAUCGGAAGCGAUGCAUGGGACGUGUGACGAAGAACCUGGCCGACCUGACGCUGCAGGCUGGCUUGGUGGCGGAAUCCCUGACACUUUUUCAUGCCGCCAGUGAGACUCUGCGUGCCAUAAGUGAUUCACUGUGGCUUGGGGCAGCCAAUGAGGGUUUAUGUGCAGCCUCAGCAAUUCUGCUCUAUCCCCAAAUGCGGCAGCCACAGCCACUUCAACGAAAUGCUAGUCUCCAGGAGGCGGGAUCUCCGCAACGUCGCGUAGCGUCAAAAUCGACGUCCAAGAAGGCGACAGGGAUUGUGCAAUCGAAUGUAGAGGCUGACAGUGGAGUUGUUAAGUCUACUUGUUCCUCCCUGUCUUCGUCAUCGUCAGAAUCCUCAACUUCAUCACUGACUUCGAGUCUGUCACCGGGAGUGACUACGGGAAGUUCCUCGAGUGUCUCAAGUAUUGUUGCACCCCCGGGGUCAAUGGAGGAUUCUCCAGUUGCACCCUUUCCGCCCAAUAUUCUCUCUCCAGAAGAUAUUACGACCAGGUACAGAGAUGCCAUCAUCAACUACAGCAAGUAUCGACAUGCUGGGAUCAUUGAGACGGAGGCAGCACUCAAAGCGGCCAGGAUUUGCAUUGAGCAAGGUCAAAAUCUCGAUGUAUCCAUGUUUCUGCAGAAUGUCCUGUACAUAAAUCUCAAUAUGAGCGAGCAGGAACGUGUUCAGAGAUUUGAAACUCUGUCUGGUCUCUAUGAAAAAAUUGGGUAUCAUCGGAAAGCUGCUUUCUGUCAGAGAUUGGCUGCCUGGAGGCAUGUGGCUGCCAGCAAUGCUAAUCCUGACUUUGGAGCAAGCUAUCGAUUGAUGCUGGACAGUUUUCCAGGGCACAAAAUGUCUCUGGAUCCUCUGGAGAUGCUCACGCAGAAUUCAGGAUGGAAGUGUCUGCAAGUUGAUUUACUACAGCAACUUGUGGUAGCUGCCAAGAAGAUGGACAAUGCCGCUGUGGCUGUUCGCCAUCUGACGUACAUGAUUCAAACCAUGUGGCCACAUCUAAGUCCAACUGAUCAAAAUGACGUGGCUACGCAUCUCCAGAAUCUCGCUGCUCAGUGCGAAGGAGCUCCUGUGCCACUGGUCUUGGAUUCUGGACGAGUUUUGCCGCCUGCCAAUCUUACGGAUUUGCCCUUUUGUUGCCAUUUGCAAGUCCGGGAACUUCCAGCACCGCUCAAGCCUCACAAAAUAGCCACAAAUAAGGUCGAUUCUGGUCCAUUCCUCUUCACUCCCAUCCACUUCACUUCAGCCUCUGGCAGUGGUCAACAGCGAGGUAGCGCUGGCGGAGGAUCUGGCAGUUCUGGAAGCACUUCUACACAGCCCAUUCAAUGGGUGCAGCAUGAUGUGGGCGAAGUGACACUGAAACUGAAGAAUCCUCUUCCAGGAGAACUUCAUGUGUGCGAUAUGCGUCUCUUGAGUACGGGAAUUGUCCUAGAAUCGCGUCCUCAGACAAUAUCUCUUGUAGCGAGUCCUGCUGCAACUUCAGUCACUCUCCAGGGAACGCCACUGGAAGUGGGAACGUUAGAGAUUCUAGGCUAUAGCACUCACACUUUGGGCGUGAAGAGCAAUUGUCGAUUGAGAGAUAUGAAGCGAAGCCGACAGAAUUUACCGGCUUCAGUGACAGUUGAGGUGAUUCCGGCUCUGCCAACGCUCUCAGUGACCACUUCGAUGCCAGAGAAGGGGAUCACGCUGUACAAUGGGGAGGAGGCUGAGGUUCUGGUAACUCUGACAAAUACCAGUACUGUGCCCAUUGAAUUCCUCGAGGGUGCCAUUCACUCUCAGCUCGACUCAACGACACAGGGCAGAAUUUUCCAUUGGGUGACUUCGGAGGAGAUGACAAAAGUUUUGCCAAUUGCUCCUCAGAGCAGUGCGUGUUUUACCCUGAAAAUCUUUGGUGAUGCUGAUUUUCUGGGUCCUGUAAAUUUGUCUCUAUUGUCUGCUGGAGCUGGAAUGUCACCGGCUCAGGUGGCACAUGAAGGACCUCAGAGUCUCAGUGUGGGAUCCACUAGUUUGAUGACAGUAACUUCUGGAGGACCCAGCAAUCACAGUCGUGUCAGUUCUCCGACGCACAGACGUAACACUGAAUUGACAUCGAGUUUCCGGAGUUCACAUUCAGGACAUUCCUCUCUGGCAACAGUGAGUCUCAAUACGGCCACAAUGGGAACGGGCACAAGGCAUCUGGAGGGUCAGCUGAGAUUGAGAUUCUCAGGAGGAGCAGGAUUUCAGGAGGGAUUCUGUCGUCAAGUAUCUGCAGCUGUGCCCCUUGAACUCCUUCCGAGUGCUCACAUCACAAAUUGGGAUGUUCUUCCGGCAGAAAUUCCUUCUCAAUUCUAUCUUGUUCUGGACGUUGUUAAUGUGACUGGGCAAGAGAUGGCGCUGCAGUAUACGGAACAAAAGAACAUCGUGAUUGAGGCAAAGGAAAGCUGCAGGAUUCCAGUUCCAGUGGAACGGUGUCCAUUGGAGAAAAUCCAAGCUGGACUACCCAAUGAGUCGGGCAGUAUGGUCAGUGGCCAUGAGGUGGAUCAGAUUGAGAAGAUCUGCUCGAGGCACAUUGCUGACCAAGUGGAUUUGCGAUGGAGUCUUGUGGGGACGGAAACAAAGGGUUUGGCUUCACUCAAAGGGAUCACUCUGUCUCCGGGUAUGCUGGAUCUGGUCACAGUGGCUCCUCUGCAAUGGGAAAUUUCGGUUGAUCGGGAGAAAGUGACGAGUACGGCGGAGAUUUCCAAGAUGACGGGAGAAUGUGUGACUCUUGGUGUGUCUAUAAUCAAUCUCUCACCUCAACCAUUGCACAGACUCAUCAUCUCAAUCCAGUUCUACCAAGAUUAUCAGAAUGGGAUGCACAAUUAUCGGCUUGAGACGAGAAUUAUUAUGUCAGGACCCAAUGAAAUACUCAUACCCUUCCUGGGGCGCAGCGAGAGAGCCUCUCAUGAGUGCUCAGUGAUAUUUUUUACUCCGGGACGCUUUAAAGCGGAUAUUCAGUGCAGUGCUCAGAAUUCUCAGAUGGUCUCAAUCUCCAGUCAUGCCGCAGAGUCCACUUCGAGUGCUGGAGCUGGAUCAUCUGUGGGAGCUCAUACAGUAAAUACAACCGGGAGUUUGUCCGGACACAGAAGUUCAUCAGAUGCUCACAUCUGGCGCUUCACUCCACCCAUUGAGGUCACAGUUGUUGAAUGAUUUUUUGGACACACUCACCCUUCCAACAAUACUUCAAAUACUAUGUUUAUUUUUGUUAUGUGGAUGAGAAAGAAAUGAGGAAAAAGGUGCGAUAGCAAUGCACAAAAA